AGAAUCUGGGUUGUGUCUUAUGCAUGGGUAACCGCUUCUUUAGAGGUAGGCUACCUUUUGCCAGAGAAAAACUUUGAAGUUGUUGGCGACGACAUUAAUGGCAGGAACCACAAUGGCCCAAAAAGGGCAAGACUUUGGAAAAGCCCAGAACUACUAAUGAAUAAAUUCACAAUAUAUCCUAUGGGGCAAUAUACUGAUUUAACGAAAGAUGAAGUUAUGUCUCUAUUGGAGUGUUGUGGUGCCAGUAUUUCAGAACUGUUAGAUGACCAUGUCUCUUAUAUUAUUGUUGAGGAGGAUACUAAAAAAAAUUACAAUGAACUGUACAAGAAAUAUCGUAUACCAUUUAUAUCCAUUUAUUGGGUAUUAGACAGCAUAUCGACAUACACCAUCCAACCAAUUGAUAGUUACAAUUUAUCUCAAAUGAAAAAGAUAAUUGAAAGUGAGAAAGACGAUGAGACAUCAGUUGAUGAGCAGAGGAGAUUUAAGCACAAAAGAAAGAAAAUUGAAAGUGAGAAAGACUUAGAUGAGACAUCAGAUGACGAGCAGAAAAGGCAUAAGCACAAAAGAAAGAAAAGUGAAAGUGAGGAAAAUGAAACAUCAGAUGAGACUUCAGAUGAUGAGCAAAGGAGACAUAAGCCAAAAAGAAAGAAGAAAAUUGAAAGUGAGAAAGACUUAGAUGAGACAUCAGUUGACGAGCAGAGGAGACUUAAGGACAAAAGAAAGAAAAUUGAAAGUGAGAAAGACUUAGAUGAGACAUCAGAUGACAAGCAGAUGAGACAUAGGCACAAAAGAAAGAAAAUUGAAAGUGAGGAAAAUGAAACAUCAGAUGACAAGCAGUUGAGACAUAAGGCCAAAAGAAAGAAGAAAAUUGAAAAUGAGAAAGACUUAGAUGAGACAUCAGAUGACGAGCAGAAGAGACAUAGGCACAAAAGAAAGAAAAUUGAAAGUGAGGAAAAUGAAACAUCAGAUGACGAGCAGUUGAGACAUAAGCCCAAAAGAAAGAAGAAAAUUGAAAAUGAGAAAGACUUAGAUGAGACAUCAGAUGACCAGAAGAGGCGGCAUAAGCACCAAAGAAAGAAAAUUGAAAAUGAGAAAGACUUAGAUGAGACAUCAGAUGACGAGCAGAGGAGGCAUAAGCACAAAAGAAAGAAAAGUGAAAGUGAGGAAAAUGAAACAUCAGAUGAGACUUCAGGUGACGAGCAAAGGAGACAUAAGCCAAAAAGAAAGAAGAAAAUUGAAAGUGAAGAUGAGACAUCCGAAGAUGACAUGCAACAUAUAACAUGUAAGAAGUUCAAGCAGAAACAACAUUCUUUUAAGGUGAGGAUAGGGUACAAACACAAGAUUAAGAAAGGCAAAAAGCACAAGUUAUACAAACAAAAAAAAGGUCGAAAGUACAACGUAGAAAGCAGUGGGGAUGAGAUAACUGUUCAGACUGUGACAAAAAAGAAAAAUGGUAAGAGAGUUUGGGAUCGGAAACAGUACUGUUACUAUUGCGGUAAAGCAGAUUUUAAGAUAGUUCGACAUUGGUGUACAUGGCAUAAGGAAGAGGAGUUAGUGAUGGAAAUAGAAGCGUUAUCAUUAAAUACAACAGCAAGAAAUGAGAAGAUAGCAAUCCUUAGAAACAAAGGCAAUCUUAAACAUAAUUUUUUAGUAUGGGAAACGGGUAGUGGCCAAAUUAUUCCCAGAAAAAGACCAAGUUUUAUUUCAGAUGCUGAUGAUUACGCCCCAUGCCUGAUAUGUUCUGGUCCCUUUAGGAGGAAAUGGCUAGCAAAGCAUGAGAGGGUGUGUGCUAAAAAACAUGGUCGGGAAAGGCAAAAAAGAGUGCAGGCAGCUGCCAAAAUGAUCAUACCCUACGAAGAAGAAGCAGCUUUUGACAUACUGAAAAAAAAGGUGUUGUCAAGAAUGCAAGCUGGUAAAAUUUCCACGCAAGUUAGAAGGGAUAGAGAUAUCCUGAUCUAUGGAUCUAAGUUGAUAAAAACACGACCUGAGGACCAUAAAUCUUUGGCAGUGUCUCAGAAAAUGAGAGAUCUCGCAAAAUUAGUAAUAGCUGCUCAGGCUGAAGAUCAAUCAAUUAAAAGUAUAAGAGACUGCAUUGAUCCAAAGAAAUUUUGCACAGUUGUGACUGCAGUUAAGAAAAUAGCAGGAUACUCAGAAAAAGAUAAUAAAUAUGAGACUCCUUCUUACGCAAGGAAUAUUGGUUUUGAGUUGAAUAAGGUGGUCGAUCAACUCUUGGCAAAAGCUCUACAAGAUGACACAACAGAGAGUAUACGACUAAGCAAGAGGCUAAAUUCUUUUCAUGACAUAAAGCUGGCAGAGUGGUCUUCUGAAAUAUCGGGGAUUGCUCAUCACACCCUAAAUAAGCGUAAGAGGAAUAAGCCAAAAGUUUUGCCUCUAGCUGAUGACUUGAAGAAGUUGAAUGCUUACUUGGAUAACCAUAUUGACAAGCACGAAGAAGCACUGAAGAAAGAUCACACCUCAACAAAGGAUUGGUUAGAACUAAGUCAAGGACUACUGGCACGUGUGUCUCUAUUCAACAAGCGUCGCUCAGGUGAAACAGAAAGGCUUAAUUUGGAAGACUACGUAAAGGGUCUAGAUGCAGAUGAUAAUAUACCAAAGGAAAUUUUUAAUUCACUUACAGAAAUAGAAAAGGCUCUUGCGUUGAAGCUUCAAAGAAUUGAAGUGGCAGGGAAACGUGAUAGGAAUGUUCCCAUUCUGCUUACAAAUAGCAUGGUCAAGCAAAUCAACUUUCUCAAUCAAACCAGAAAUUCGCUGGUGUAAGUGAAGAUAAUCCAUAUGUGUUUGCACGUCCAUAUUUUGGAUCACUUUUCCCUACUAAAGUGUCUGAGUGUUACCAGAAAUUCUCAGCUGCAUGUGGUGCUCAGAAUCCAGAAAUGAUCCGGUCAACAAAAUUA